AUGCUGAUCUCUGCUCGACAUGCGGAUGGCUUUCAACCGACGGCGGAAAUAGCAGAGGAAAACCGUGCCACGAAAGCCGCAGCGGCGUGGCAUGCGGCGAUAACCCGCCGUCGUGCGUCUUUAGGAGGCAACGUUGGCGCGGAUCCCCGUCGACGCAGCGGCAGUUUCAAGGCCAACAGCAUAAAUGGUGCGGGGAGCAUCGCAAGUAGCUGCGGGAGUAGCUUCGGGAGCAGCAGUAUGAGUCGCAGCGGCAGCACACUUACUAGUCGCAGCAGCAGCAGCAGCCUGGCGCGGUCCGACAGCGUGGGGUUCGGGCCGUCUCGGUUUGUGCUGCGGCAGCGGUACGAGGACAUCAGGCUGCGGUACCUGGUGCACAAGGAGCAGCUCGGCACGGGCGAGUACGGCGCCGUCCGGCCGUGCGUUGAAGCCGACUCCGGCCGGCUGCUAGCCUGCAAGACCAUCCGCAAGCAACAGAUCACGACGUACGAAGACGCCGAGGCCAUCCGCACGGAGGUGGCGUGUUUGUGGGAGGUGAGGGGCCAUCCGAGCAUCAUCAGUCUGCACGACGCCGUGGAGGAUGGCAAGCGCGUGCACCUCGUCAUGGAGCUCUGCCACGGCGGCGAUCUCUUCCGCCGAGUGACGCAGCGCGGCACGCUGAGUGAACGCAGCGCUGCCAAGGUUUGCCACGCUCUGGCGACAGCAGUGUUGCACUGCCACCGCCAUGGAAUCAUGCAUCGCGACAUCAAGCCGAAGAAUGUGCUGCUCCUAGACGAUUCUGAUGAGCCCCACGUCAAACUGAGCGACUUUGGUGUCGCCACUUUCUUUGAGGACGGAGAUUCGCUGACUGAGUUUGCGGGAACCACUCAAUACAUCGCCCCUGAAGUGUGGAAGGGGCAAUACGGGCCUGAAGCUGACAUCUGGGGACUUGGAGCUCUCCUGUAUUUCUGCAUAGCCGAUAGAUGUUCAUACGGAGCACCAAGCGAGCGGAACAAUAUGACAGUAACCGACCGUUCGAGUCCGUGCAAGAAGCUGUCUCGCUGCCUGACGGACGACGACAUGUCUUUUGCAGACGACCACGUUCAGGUGGACAGCAGCCGGCCGUUAGAGUCGUCGUCCGCCACGCGAGAUCCCCUCGAAGGCGGUCAGCGCACGCAGCCCGUUCGUCACGAUGACGUCUCGGUCUCCGUGAGUGCUUCGAGGGACGUGUCGCGUGCAAACGCCGCCUCGUCAGACGUUCCAGGAAUUGUCCAGCCAUCGCGAACAUUGCCAGCAUCGCACGAUAGAUCGCAAGGGCCGUCGACUACAUCGUCGCAGCCGAACCAACGGAAUCUGCAGUCGCCGAUGCUGCGUAAGGAGGAGCCCCGAGAGCUACAGCGGCAGUGGGAUUCCCUAGGCGCGAACGCGACCGACAGAGCAUGUGAUUCUGUUGAUGCGGAACCGUCUAAUGCGGAAGCCGCGCGGCGACGGCGGGAAUUGAGACUGCGGGUGGAUUCGGAGGGAUCAGAGGACGACGCCGACGAUCUCCGAUCGCGCCGCUCCGACCGACUAGUUCCCGCCUACUCGAAGCGGCAAGGCCACCAUGGCGCAUGCAGCAUGCGCGCGGGGGGGAAGCUCAAGUGGGGGGAGGAUUUCUGGCGGGGGAAGCCGGCGGAAGAGGCGAUUCCGCGGGGGUUCACAUUCAAGGGGUACCUCGCGCAGCCCAUGGCGGCGCAUGCGGUCGCCGCCCCUUCCGACCCGCCGAGCGAGCGCGAGGCGGCUCAGGCUCGGCCGUUCAACGUGCAGGUGCAGGUGUUCCGGCGGGUGGUGAACGUGAUGCGGCGGGUGCGCAUCCCGGUGAUACACCCCUACUCGCGCUUCCGCCGCGACGUCAACCUCCUCAUCGCCCUCUGCAUCACCUACAACGUCAGCUUCCCUCGUCCCUUCAAUCUCCCUUCCCCCUCCUGCCUUCCUGAACCCCCCCACACCGCAUCCUCCCCCCCUCUUUUCUUUCCCCCGGUGCAUGGGGGCGCGCAGUGGGAGGUGUUCUACCAGGUGGCGUUCAACUUGCGCGCGCAGGGAGCGUGGCAGAUCGUGGACGCGUGCCUCUCCGCCAUCUUUCUCGCCGACGUCUUCCUCGGCUUCAAAACCGGGUACGUGACGAAGGAGAAGCACGUGGUGAUGGACGACGGCAUGAAGGUGCUCAAGCCGCAACAGAUCGUCAUGGAUCAGCGCAAGGUGGUGUGGCACUACCUGCGCACGUGGUUCGCCUUGGACCUGCUCUCCUCACUGCCCUUCGACCUCCUCACCUCGCUCGCCUCCGACUCCCCCGCUGGCUUCUGGAUCUCCGUCGCGUUCCGGCUGUUGAAGCUGUUCCGGGUGCACCGGCUGGGCGUGGCAGCGAAGCAGCUGAGGCGCGCGUCUGUCAACACCAACUACAUGGACGUCGCCAUCCUGCUCUUCCAGGUGCCCACCCCUCAUGCCCUUGCUCUUCCAGGCGCGUGCAUCUUCGUGCUCAUUGGCCGUCUAGAGUUGCCGGAUGAGACAUGGCUGGGGGCAACCUAUUGGAGCGAGGGUGGCGUUGCGCAGACGCUGGAGUCAGCACCCGCUGGCGUGGUCUACGUGGCGGCUAUUUAUUGCCAGGUGGGGUACGGGGACAUCCACCCAAUGAACACACUAGCAGAGCGCCUGUUUGCCACGGUGUACAUACUGCUCACGGCCAUCAUGCUGGGCUACACUAUUGGCGAGCUCUCCUCCAUGGUCUAUGCCCGCCGCAUGCAGCGCGAAUCCAUGCGCCAACGCAUGACCACGCUCCACAGGUUCAUCGAGAGGGAACACCUGCCAGAGUGGCUGGCCAACCGCAUGGUGUGCUCGCCUGCCCUCCACCCCCGCCCCCUCAUGCCUCUGCCAUUCCCAUGCCUCCGCCGUUCGAAUGCCUUCUUCAAACUUCUGCAUCUUCCACCCCAUGCCUCUUCCACCCCAUGCCUCUUCCACCCCAUGCCUCUUCCACCCCAUGCCUCUUCCACCCCAUGCCUCUUCCACCCCAUGCCUCUUCCACCCCAUGCCUCUUCCACCCCAUGCCUCUUCCACCCCAUGCCUCUUCCACCCCAUGCCUCUUCCACCCCAUGCCUCUUCCACCCCAUGCCUCUUCCACCCCAUGCCUCUUCCACCCCAUGCCUCUUCGCUCCCCAUGCCUCUUCGCUCCCCAUGCCUCUUCGCUCCCCAUGCCUCUUCGCUCCCCAUGCCUCUUCGCUCCCCAUGCCUCUUCGCUCCCCAUGCCUCUUUGCUCCCCAUGCCUCUUCGCUCCCCAUGCCUCUUCGCUCCCCAUGCCUCUUCGCUCCCCAUGCCUCUUCGCUCCCCAUGCCUCUUUGCUCCCCAUGCCUCUUCGCUCCCCAUGCCUCUUCGCUCCCCAUGCCUCUUCGCUCCCCAUGCCUCUUCGCUCCCCAUGCCUCUUCGCUCCCCAUGCCUCUUCGCUCCCCAUGCCUCUUCGCUCCCCAUGCCUCUUCGCUCCCCAUGCCUCUUCCAUCCCCGUGCUUCGCCCAUCCCAUGCCUCUUCCAUCCUCGUGCCUGGCCCAUCCCAUGCCUCUGCAGAUGGCGUAUCUGAUGCGGCAGUGGCAGGCGUCAGUCAACAGCAAGUUUGAGGAGCUCGAGCUCAUGCAGAGCCUCACUGACGAUCUGCGAACGGACCUCUUUGUGCACUGGUGGACGCAACAUGUGCCUCCCAGGUCUGCUCCCUCCGCUGCUGCCAUGCCACUCGCUCCUCCUGCGUCCCCCUUCUUCCCGCACGAGCAGCAGUGCCUGGCGACUCUGCAGCGCGUGCUGGUGCCACGUGCAGUGGCAGCGGGGGAUGUGGUGGUGAGGGAGGGCGAGGUGAGCCGGCACGUGUACGUGGUGCGCGCGGGCACACUGGAGAUGGCGUGGGCGCUGCACGGGGCGGACACUCUCGUCGAGACUGCCGCCACGCUGCCAGGCAAACCCAUCCUGGGCAGUGAGGGCAUGAAGUUGGCGCGAGCAGUGAGCAUGAGGCGCUGUCGGGCGCGCUCCAUGCAGCGCCAGGCCAGCUGCUCCUCCCAUGGUAGCCCCAUGGCACCGCCUCUCCACCCCGCGCCCGCCACUGCUGCUCUGCACAUGCCCACUCCCAUGCAUGACUUGCAUGGGAAAAAUAGCACAAACAGCAUAGGCGAUGCAUGCAACAUGCAUGGUGGUGAUGCCUCGCCUGCUCCCGGUGCAUGCGAAGUGCAGCAUGGUGAGAGCCCUGCCAUGGUUGGGUGCUCCCGGCGCACACGUGUGUACGAUUCAUCGCUGUGCACCAUUGCGAGCAGCAGCCUCAUGCACAGCGACUCAUGCGGGUCAGGGGACGGAUUCCCCUUGCCUGGCGACGCCAUUGAGCCACUGCGAGAGGAUGCGGAGGACGGGUGUGGGGAGGGGGCAGGGCACAGGGGUGCAAGCGGCGUGGUGCCGCGGGUGCACAGCACAGCGGCUUCACAUGAGAGCUAUGGUUCUGUGCGGCACAACAGCCAUCUGCUGGGGCAGGCAGCGUUUGAGAGCAGGACGGUGGGCGUGGGUCAUGUGAUGGGGCUGGACGGGCUCUCUGAGGUGCUCGAGCUGCAGACCAGCGAACCCUCGUGGCCCGAGCAACGAGUCCCCUUCCUCUUCAUGGAAGGAACCUUCCAGGCAAAGACGGAGUGUGAGCUGCUGCUGCUGCUAAUUGAUGAUCUCUUUGACACGCUUGAGAGUUUCCCCGAGCUGCUCACAGUGUUACGCUUGAGCCUGGGCUUGCCGCUAACGGAGCAGGAACAGCUGCACACCAAUCGCGCCCCCGGCCGCCGCAGCAAUCGCCCCUGGCGCACCUCGUCGCACCGCAUCGUGGAACACGAUGCGGCCACCGCUAACCACGCGGCACAGCGCCGCCAGUCGCGGCUCGACUUUCAAACGGAGCUAGGCUCGCCGGCGGAGCGGCGCGAAAAAAGCGAGUCGCUAAACCAGCGCAUGAUAGAGGGGCGCGGCGACGCCAUGGACCACUCGAGCGAGCCGCGCCUCGACACCUCCGGCAGCUGCUCGCCGCCGUCGUCCCUUGACGUGCUCCCCGUGUCGUCCCUCCCCGCGUCGGCCCUUUCCGUGUCGCCCUUCGACGUGCUGCAGCUGCCCGUGCCGGACGACGGGGAGCGGCCCGACGUGGACGGCACGAGCAGGAGCGGGGUGGCGGGGGCAAGGGGAGGGGCGGAAGGAGAACCGCUGCCGGGCGGCAAGCCGCUGUUCGGGCAGCGGCGGUUGCGCUCGCGGCUUUGGCGGUCCACCAAGGAGCUGCGCGAGGAGGACCCGGGCGACGACGUGGCGCUCUCCUUCGCGUUCGACACGCCACCCGCCGCCGCGCCACUCAAGGCGCGCUCGCCCUUCCAGUGGGUGAUGAAAAGCGCCUCUGGCGUGUUCGCGCCGGGCGGUGGGGACGACGGCAGCAGCAGCAGCGGCAGCAGCAGCGACAGCGGCGGCAGUAUCCGCAGGACGCCGGGGAAGGAGGGGGCGGCGCGGGUGGCGCUAGAGGAGUAUAUGAACGUGCCCAUGCAGCUCAGACCAGGGCGCUCCGGCGAGAGCGAGCCGCCCGACGCGGAGCAGAUGGGUGCGCGGCGGUGGUGGCGCGGAGGGCCGUGUGUGGUGGCGUUCAAGGCGGCGCUGGCGGCGGCAAUGCGCGUGCGCAUCCCCAUCGUGCACCCGUACUCGCGCUUCCGGCGUGAUGUGAACCUCAUAGUGGGCGCCUGCAUCGCCUACAACCUCGUGAGUCAGCCCCUCCCGCUGCUGCCCGUGCCCCGCAUUGCUUGUUUGCUCCCCGUGCGCUCCCCUGUGCGGCCAACACACGGCUCCUUCACAUGUGGUGCUUGUUGGGAGGUGCUGUACAUGGUGGCGUUCGACCUGAGGGCCACGGGCGCAUGGCUCUUCCUCGACUCGUGCCUCUCCCUCGUCUACCUCGCCGACGUGCUCCUCGGCUUCAAAACCGGGUACCUGACGAGGGAGAAGCACGUGAUGGGGGAGGGCGGGGUCAAGAUGCUGCUGCCACAGCAGAUCGUCAUGGACCAGAGGCGCAUAGUGUGGCACUACCUGCGCACGUGGUUUGUGGUGGACGUGCUGUCCUCGCUGCCCAUCGACCUCAUCAUCUCCGCCCUCGCCCAGUCCAGCAUCGGCUUCUGGCUCUCCGCCGCGUUGCGGCUGCUGAAGCUGCUGCGGCUGAGGCGGUUGGGGCAGGCAACGCAGCAGCUGAGGCAGUCUGCGCUCGCAGGGCUCUACAUGGAAAUGACCAUCCUCGUGCUGCAGAUCUGCAUGGUGUGCCACGUGGGAGCGUGUGCCUUUGCGCUCAUCGGUCGCCUCGAGACGGCGCCCCAGUCGUGGCUGGCGGCGUUCAACUGGAGCAACGGGGGCGCCCAGGAGACGCUAGAGAGUGCACCGCACGGGGUCGUGUAUGCCGCCGCCUACUACUGGGCCAUGGUCACCUUCGCCUCUGUGGGGUACGGGGACAUCCACCCGGUGGACACACUGGCAGAGCGCCUGUUCGCGACGGGGUACAUCCUGGUGACGUCCAUCCUGCUGGGCUACGCCAUCGGGCAGAUCUCCUCCCUCAUCUACUCCAGCCGCGCUCGCCGCGAGUCCGUGCGCCAGCGCUGCAACACUCUGCACAGGUUCAUAGAGAAGGAGGAGAUCCCUGAAUGGCUCGCCAACCGAAUGAUGGUGAGCCUCACGGGCAAGUGGCAGUCGGAGCUGUCGCAGCGCUUCCACGAGGGCGACCUCGUUGACGCCCUUUCGGACGACCUGAGGGCGGACCUCUUUGUGCACUGGUGGCAGCGCCACGUGCUCCCCAGCCCCAUGUUACCGCACAACCACUCGUUCCUGGCGCACGUGUUUCCGUGCCUCAUUCUGCGGCGCGUGGCGCCGGCAGAUGUGAUAGCGAGCGAGGGCGAGUUCACGAGGCACCUCUACAUCGUGCGCUCCGGCACCCUCGAUGUCACUCGCCUCAAGGACGGCCCCCCGCCCGCCCUCGCGCCCACCCACGCCGUUGCUGAGCUGGCGGGCUGUGAAGCUGACGUGGAUGGGUGUGGGGUGGAGAUGAAGGGGGGGAUAGAGGAGGUGCAGCUGCCACCUGAGGCGGUGCCGGCAGUGGCGGGAGCGGUGGGGUACGAGAAGGAGAGUGUGGGCGAGGGGCAUGUGGCGGGCAUGGAGGGGCUCAAGGUGGCUCUGGAGAUGCGCAAGGGCGAGGAGGAGUGGAGCAGCCAGCGCGUGUCCGUCAUCUGCAUGGCCGCCUCCUUCCAGGCGAAGACGGAGUGCGAGGUGUACCUGCUGCUGCUGGACGACUUGUUUGACGCCCUCGAGAGCUUCCCCGAGCUGCUCACCGCCAUGCGCACCGCGCUGGGCCUGCCCCUAGCGCCUGACGAGUACCUGGCGCGGCCGCGCCUCAUGGCAUCGCACCGCAGCUUCAAGGGGCUGCAGAGGAACAAGAGCCAAACCCGCCCCACGCCCUUCUCUGCUGACAGCAGCAGCAACAAGACCCUGUCGUUUGGCAAGGGCCGUGUGAUGCGGGUCGGCAGCAGCUCCAUGCUCAAAUCAUUCAAAGGAUGA